UGCUCUUACAUCUCGACCCGUACAUGACAGGCUCAUACAUUGGUACGCUUCCUGGAAUGGGUCGAUUUUCGGAGCCAAAAUUUUAAAGAUUGGCGACGUCAGCCCAUUCUUUGCGCUGCGGCUUCGCACAACUUUCGCGACCUACUCCGUACUCAGUUUAUCUACAACAAAAACCCUCCCACUUCGCACAGCUUCUGGAAAUCAUACCAAUUGCGCUGGCGUCAUGAAGAGAAAAGCGGAAGCAGCUGUUGGAUCCUCCAAGGCCAACAAGAAAAAGCCCAAGCCUUCUUUGACCGCAGAGGAAGCUCAGAAACGGUUUCGUGCUGGUCUUUUCGAAAAGAAGGUCCUCGAUUCUUAUACGGACCAAUAUGCUCAGUCAGAACCUUAUAAGCAUGCCGUCAUCAACGGCCUUGUUGACGAUUCCCUCCUUCGAUCGGUUCGCAGCGAGAUCAAGGCCAACGUCGAGUUCACCCCCAAGGAGACCGAUAUCUACAAGAUCCACCAGUCAGGCGACCUGGCCAAUCUCGACGGUCUCGACGACGAGUCUCUAGCUAAGCUGCCUUCGCUGCUCAAGCUGCGCGAUGCUAUAUACUCUGAAGCCUUCCGCAACUAUGUCUCUCACAUUACAAAUUGCGGCCCGUUGAGCGGUCGCAAGACUGACAUGGCUAUCAACAUCUAUACGCCUGGCUGCUACCUCCUUUGCCAUGACGACGUCAUUGGUAGCCGGCGCGUUAGCUAUAUCCUCUACCUCGUUGACCCCGACACGCCCUGGAAGCCCGAAUGGGGUGGCGCGCUCCGUCUGUUCCCCGUGCAGGAGCUCAAGGACAAGGAGGGCGAGGUAGCGAAGACACCGCUUCCCGACGUUACAAAAGUCAUCCCGCCUGCGUGGAACCAGCUGAGCUUCUUUGCUGUCCAGCCUGGAGAGAGUUUCCACGAUGUCGAGGAGGUCUAUCGCGCCGAAACUAAGGUGCAGCUAGAGAGGGACGGUGGCCGCAUUCGUAUGGCUAUCAGUGGAUGGUUCCAUAUUCCCCAGAUUGGAGAGGACGGCUACAUCAAGGGAGAAGAGGAGAGAAACGCCAAGAACAGCGGCCUGAUGCAACUUCAGGGCAAUCCUGCUCAGUACGAUAUGCCUCAGCCUCAGGUUAUGAAGGUUGAUAAGGCCAGUCAGGAGGGCUUCGACGAAGCCGAUCUUGAGUUUCUGCUCAAGUACAUCUCGCCAGCAUACCUGGUUCCUGAUGCCUUGGAAGAGAUCUCCGAGACCUUCAACGAGAUGUUUGAAAUCACCUUGCCAGAUAUUUUAGGCAAGAAGUUUGCCCAGCGCCUAAGGGACUACGUUGAGGCUGAGGAGAAGAAACCCGCACAAGAAGAUACUGCUACGAUAGAAAAGACGACUUCAUGGCGUGUAGCUAAGCCUCCCCACAAGGCGCGAUAUCUCUACCAACAGCCCAGCGGGCCUGACCAGCUUCGCACCUCACAGGAGGAAUCUCCCAUCACUGAACUUCUCGACAUCUUCCUGCCCAGCCGUCAGUUCCGCCAAUGGCUCCAGAUGGCCACCAAAACCACCAUCGAAAGUGCCGAUCUCCUCGCGCGCCGUUUCCGCCGUGGUCUCGACUAUACUCUCGCGACUGGCCACGAGGGCAAGGCGCGCGUAGAGAUUAAUCUCGGAUUCACACCUACAUCUGGCUGGGGUGACGAUGAGGAAGAAGAUCCCGAGGAAGAAGCUGAAAAUCAGAACGGCGAGGAUGUAAAAGGUAAAGGAAAGGGCAAAGCCAAGGCUGUAGAGAAAAAGAAGAAGGAGGAGGAGGAGGAAACACCUGAAGUCGGCGGCCAAGAAAUCUUCAUGUCCGGUGAUGAUGAUGCCGAUGAAGAUGCAGCCGUAUAUAAGACAGGCGAUGAUGACGACAACAUUCUCUUCUUCCAAGCUGCGUCAUGGAAUAAGAUGACUAUUGUUAUGCGCGAUAGCGGCGCUCUUAAGUUCGUCAAAUACGUUAGUAAGAGCGCCAAGGGCGACCGAUGGGAUAUCUCUGGUGCCUUUGAGAUCGAGGAGGAGGACGAUGACGAUGAAGACGCUGGCGAAGGAGCCGCGCCAGAUGAUGAUGACGACGAGGAGGAGUUCCAAGGCUUCUCACCUGAUGCAGCUGAGAGCGACUCUGAAUAAGAGCGAUAUGAAUAGAGAUUGAGAAUUGCAUUAUGUUGCAACAAUAGAUACCAGGAUAAAAAAAAGCACGGCAAUGACUGAAAAUCUGUUUGAUAACAAUUUCUUUCUUAGUAAAUAGCCUCCUUGAUGCAAAUUGACACGCUUUCGCGUGAUAGCCUAUGAAACUCCAUCAUGGUAUCAUUAUAACCAACUCCCGAUAUACCGCUGUGAUUCCGUCAUAUGUGCAUGAUAAAUAUUGAAUGCCCCAAAAAUCUGAUCC